UGAUUAAUUAUUCAGUGUUAGGAAUUGCAUUAUAUAGAAAGCUAAUUUUAAAAAUCUUACUCUUUUAAAUGACAAGUACAGUAUAUUAACAAUUUGGAGGUUAACACCUAAAACUUUACAUACUAUGUGCAUGUGUCUUUGUUAUAUGUAGAAUUAAAAUACUUUUUUCUCUUGACAGGAAAUGCACAAUUUUGAGGAUGAGUUAACAUGUCCCAUUUGUUACAGUAUUUUUGAAGAUCCUCGUGUACUACCAUGCUCUCAUACAUUUUGUAGAAAUUGCUUGGAAAAUGUUCUACAGGCAUCUGGUAACUUUUAUAUAUGGAGACCUUUACGCAUUCCACUCAAGUGCCCUAACUGCAGAAGUAUUAUUGAAAUUGCUCCUACUGGUAUUGAAUCUUUACCUGUUAAUUUUGCGUUAAGGGCUAUUAUUGAAAAGUACCAGCAAGAAGACCAUCCAGAUAUUGUCACCUGCCCUGAACAUUACAGGCAGCCGUUAAAUGUUUAUUGUCUCCUGGAUAAAAAAUUAGUUUGUGGUCAUUGCCUUACCAUAGGUCAACAUCAUGGUCAUCCUAUAGAUGACCUUCAGAGUGCCUAUAUGAAAGAAAAGGACACGCCUGAAAAACUGCUUGAACAGUUAACUGACACACACUGGACAGAUCUUACUCGUCUUAUUGAAAAGCUGGAAGAACAAAAAUCUCAUUCAGAGAAAAUGGUCCAAGGUGAUAAGGAAGUUGUUCUCCAGUAUUUUAAGGAGCUUAGUGAUACAUUAGAACAGAAAAAAAAAAUUUUCCUAACUGCUCUUUGUGAUGUUGGUGAUCUGAUUAAUCUAGAAUAUACUCCACAAAUUGAAAGAGUGAAAGAAAUAAGAGAGCAGCAGCUUGAAUUAGUGACACUGACAACAUCUUUACAAGAAGAGCCUCCUCUUAAAUUUCUUGAAAAAGUUGAUGAUGUCCGCCAACGUGUGCAGGUCUUGAAACAAAGACCACUCCCUGAGGUCCAACCUGUUGAAAUUUAUCCUCGAGUAAGCCAAGUACUGAAAGAAGAAUGGAGCAGAACAGAAAUUGGACAAAUUAAGAAACUUCUCAUUCCUGAAAUGAAAAUUUCUUCAAAAAGGAUGCCAUGUUCCUGGCCCGAUAAGGAGGAAAAAGAAGUUGAAUUUUUUAAGAUUCUAAACAUUGCUAUAGUUACACUAAUUUCAGUGAUGCUGAUGCUGAUCCUCUUUUUUAACCAACACAUAAUGACCUUUUUAAAUGAAAUCACUUCAAUAUAUUUUUCUGAAGCCUCUCUAUCUGUUUACCAAAGUUUAUAUAAGAAUGUGCAUGAUUUAAAGAAUACAGUAUGUCACACUUUAUAUUUACUGAAGGAAUUCAUGUGGAAAAUAAUUUGUUGAAAAUUCGAAUCUGAAUUGUUUAAGUAGGCUUAUUCUGUACAGCAGAGACUAAUGACCAUUGCUAAAUGGAGCAAUAGGGGUAGCAUGGAUAAAUAAAAUAGCAAGCUAAAGUUUAUUAGAGUUGCAAUAUAAAUAAUCCCUUUCAUGCUUCUGUUGAAUAGAAAAUGUGUCAUCAAAAGUUAGAAAUGAGACAGAAUGUCUCGUUUUCUGAAAACCAGAACAAAAUCUAGUAAUUGAUUUUUGAGUAUUAUCCCAUUUUUAUUGGUUUGAGAGGUUGACUUAAUAUCACUGUGAUAUUUAAAUAUUCUUGUACCAAUAUUAUCUUUUAGCAUUAUAUACUGCAUUGGUUGGCUCUGCAGUUCUUUGUGUAUACGUAGCUUUUAAUUAAAACAUGGCAAAAUCCCGAAAGGUAUAAGCUUGACACUUUUGAAUGGACAAAUAAGGAUGGUGAGAAGAGGUUUUAAAUUCAAGUAGCAAAGUCUCAGAGUGGAUUGCUUACAUUAAAGAUGUGUUUGAUCAAAUGUACCUGAUCCACACACAUUAAUGUGUUUUAGGUAGAUUUAAGAGCUCUAAAAUGUUUAUAUCAGCAUUCACUCCUAAUAAAACUAUUGCUUUGGGAAAUCUAAAGUGCCAUUAGGGACCAACCAGUAACAUUCCCUAGUACUUAUUUCUAUGGUUUGUGUAAGUUUAUUUUAGGAUUGUAUUUAACUUUUGUGUGGUCUUAGUCAUGUCAGUCAAAUCAGUUAUUGGCUAAAAACUCUAAAACAUGUUACUAGAAUGGAAUAUUAUUGAUAUAUCCCACCCUCAUCAUAUUUGAAUGGCAUCAUGUUAACUGUUGUCUAAAAUUGUCGUAAAUUUUCUGUUGAACUUUCUCUUAUGCUAAUACCAAAGUACCAAUAAUUCGAUCUUAUUUUCUUGGAUUGUGUUAUAAAGGGAGCCUACUUAGUUAUUAAGUCAUAUCCCUUUGAUUUGGUUUCCUUUUUAUUAACAGACUGAACCGUGGUGCUUGUGGUAGGACUCUUAGCCCUUUUGUCCUUGUAACCCUAAGUACAAGCUCACUCACUUUCCAGAAAUUCCAAGUUGGCUGUUAGCUCUUGGAUCACAUAUUUAGGAGCCUUACUUAGUUCACAGAUUUUCCAGGUCAGAUUAGGUCCUAGAGCUGUGACUGUACUCAGGGCACUAGUUCUAAAAUACUCCUUAGUGUCUUAUCUACUGAGAACAAGUCUGAACCUAAGAUGGCUGGCUGUAUUGUCAAUUUAUGAUCAGCAUCAAAAUAUCAAUUAGAAUAGCACGACUAACUUGUGUGGGCAAAGAACAUCUGGAGGUGGAGGAGGUAUAUAUUCAGCUUACCAACUAACUUUAGACUGAAGUUGCAUCGACUUGAUUAAAGUAAUAGUUACAACACAAAAAUGCCACAUACUUUUUGGAAUAUGUAUAAAUAUUAGUAAGCACUGAAAUGUUUGUUAGGUAUUGUGUCAAAAAUGUGAUCUCAUAUUUCUCAAGUGUGUAUUAAUCCUCACUUUUUGUAGAUUAGGAAACAGACACAAAAGUAAAUUGCCCAAGGCCAUGUAUCUAGUAUAUGAGAGACUCCAUGUAUUCUUUUCAGAGUUCAUCUGUUGGGCUACCUUUAAAGGAUUUAAGCCAAGAUUUUUAAAGUAAAUUAGGGUUUCUAAUUAAUAUAUGUCUAUGAAUCACAGCUAAAAACGGAAGCAUUUUAAGUUUGACCUUAAUAUUUUUUGUAACUUGCCAGUUUUUAGUAGAACUUUACUGUUGGAUAAAUUUUAUGUAGUGUGCAUGAAUAUAGUCAAAUAUACAAAUAACUGAGUCUUAUACAUGCUCUGUUUGUAUUUUUAUCAGGAGGAUGCGACUGUAAAAUUUAAAGUAUGUAAUCCUGAAAUAUUUCUAAGUUUUUAUGUAUAACAAAAGU